UCACGUCGAGGCUCUUGAACCAAAAUGUUUAUAUUGGCGACCAUUUUUCUGACUCUGGGCGUCUUUGUGGCGCUCCUUAGUCUCUUCAUAUUGAUAUUGGGACGCAAGUCGCCGUUGAUUUUUGGCAAAUACCCGUGCAAGGGACUCUUCUAUCAACUCAAAUAUUGGAUUGCUUUGGCAGUGCUGCGGCGAUUACGCUACCGGAUCUAUCAGCGGAACGAGGAGCUGCUUAGCUCGGCACCUCACUUGGCAACACUAGAUCGUCCGCAAGCGUUAAGCAGCGAUCCGAAGAGCUACGAUGUGGUUAGCUUUCUGGCUGCCAACCGUGAGGGUCAGAAGCUGUUGGUGACGCUGGAGAGGCGCCGACGAGGGGUUCUGAAGGCGGCGCUGUACUUGUGGCUACCCGGAGAGGGACUGCUCUGCUCAUCCCGCCUACCAGACAUGGCCCACUUCACCACAGAUGGCAACACGGAGAGCAGCGAGUUCCGCGGCAGUGGCUUCUACAUAUAUCCCGAGCAAUCGAUGCGCGUCUGGCGGCUGCAGUACGAGGGGGAAUUGCGCCGGGUGCAGACAAAGGAGCUACUAUCGGUGAAGCUGGACUUGCAGUUCAGCUCGUCUGCCGCCCACUUUAACUACAACCGCGAUCUCAGCUCGGCGCUCAUUGCGGACUCUAUAGCGCGCGAGGCCUGGAACGAUCGCUUCUACAACAUGCUGAAGAACGUCGGCCACAUUGUGGAGAAACGCACCCACUAUGAGCAGAAUGGAACUCUGGCGGGAUCGGUGCGUUUAGGUGAGAGAGAGCUAAAGCUCGAGCUGCGCGGAUUGAGGGAUCACAGCUUUGGCACCGAGCGUUGUCUCUCGUCCAUAAAUCGCUAUGUUUACUUCGCCCUGUUUCUGGAUGACGGCAGCAGCAUGGUCUUGGGAAAUCUCAGCCAGCCCUCGUUCUUUCUGUCCUCCUUGAAGGUGGGCUAUGUGUGCUCCCCCCAGGGCCUCUACCAGCCCAUCACCCGCUGUAACUUCGAGCUCUACUCAUAUGGGGAGAAGGGCACUCCACCUCGACACCAGAAUUUCAUUGUACACACGUCCGAGAGGGCGUACUUCGUCCAGAUCAGGGUGGAGGAUAGUGCUUUGCGUUAUGUAGGCGGCGACUGGGAGUCGAAGGUAUACAAUCAGUUUGUCGCCUGCACCGUGAAUGGUGUGAGCGGUCAGGGAUUGGCGGAGUACCUGUACAGACACAAAGGAGGCAGACCCGAGGCUGUUAGCGCACAAGAUCCCGAAUGGUAUCAGCGGAUCAAGCGCUUCGAACGUAGUCUUAGUAAUAUGGAGCAUACGCCAGAAGAUGACGAGGAGUUUGUGUUUUAGAAAUGUCUAUAUUCCCACCGAUUUGGGUAGCUGUACGAAUGUGAUAGAAGAUUUUACUAUGGCUAAGAAAAUUGCAUAAAACAGGUUAAAUAUUUAUUUAACUAAAUAAUUGGAACAAAAUUAUUAGAAUUCCAAAAAUAAAUUAUUAUAAUCUAAUCUUUUUUUUACGAAAAUAAAUAAA